CAUAUGCUUUUUCCUCGAGCUGAGGCUCAAGUUCGAAUCUUUACUGCGGAAUGAAAGAGCCCACUAUCGGUUUUUUCGGUUCUUGCUUCUUUUCGUUGUGUUUUCCUUUCUGGGUUUGUAGGAUCAAUUAAUUUGAUAAACCAAUUUCGUCUCAAAAUCAGAGCUUGAUUCGUAAAACCACCCACCCCAGAACAGAACAGUCAUCUCUCUCUCUCUCUCUUCCUAUCAUACGCACACUAUCUCUCUCUCUUACGCAGCUUUCACGUGUCGUCUGAGGUACGAUCAUCGUGCUUUCCGCUUUUUCCUCCUGCACUGAGAAGAAGAAAAAAUAAACGCAAACGCAGACGCAUUCACAUCACAUUUCAGAGCGAGGGAGAGAGAGGGGGAGAGAGCGUUCUUCUUGGUUCUUUCCUCACAGUUUCAUUUAGUUUCUUUAUUUGAAAACAAGAACUGUCAACUCUUCCUCAGAGGAAAGAAAAAAGAGAAAAUGGCGCCGUACACACGCUUGGGUUUGCAGGCCUUUUUCACAGCCGUCUUUACUACUACUGAUUUACUGCAACUCCUACUUCUUCUUCUCCAGAACCACUGUCAUUACCAUUAUUAAAAGCAAGGGAAGGGUAAAAAAAAAAUGGGGGGGAAAAAAGAAAACAGAACCCAGUUUCUCCGGUUGUUUUGUCUACAGAAAGAUCCGAUCUUUCUCCAUUUUUCGGGGGCUAAUCGGUUAAAAUUGAUCGAAAGAACUGUUUGUCAAGAACCCCAUUUUGCGUUUUAUUAAAUUUUGUAGGAGCACAGAGAGAAAGUUGAAAAAUUUCACAACGCAAUGCAGUGCGAGUGAAGUGAUUUGCAUUCAUUUAUUUUUUGGCACUUUGCAUUAAAACACUGCCGCUUUCAGCCCCUGCCAUGUCCUGCUGCUUCCGCAGAGAUCUUUUCGGGCUGCGGGUCGUAUUUGUCCCCGUCAGAUCCCGCUAAUUACCUCCCCUGCCACUGACCUUUUGUAUGCCCCCAUUGCCAUUGCCAUUGCACUCAUUCAAUUUCUCUCACCAAACGUUUAUUUCCUCAUCUUCUUCUGAGAAUCUUCCAUCGGUUUGAUUUUGAUUCAAGUUGAAAGUGCGGACGUUGGAUGGCUGCUCGGCCAGGCUGCUCGUCGUCGGUGCCGUCGCUGCCGCCGCCGUGCCCAAAGUCGCCGCCGGAGUAUCCGGACUUGUAUGGGAGGCGCCGGGAGGCUGCGAAGGUGCAAAUGCUGGAGAGAGAGAUUGGUUUCCUUGAGGAGGAAUUAAAGUCACUUGAUGGACUUCAACCAGCUUCUAGAUGCUGCAAAGAGGUUGCCGAUUUCGUUGUGGCAAACUCUGAACCUCUCGUACCGACACACCAGAGGGGAAAUAAAUCCUGCCGCUUUUGGAAGUGGCUCUGCGGAAUGUCGUGUUUUAGCCUCUCCUGGGUUUGCUGCUGCUGCUGCUGCUGCUAUUCUGCGUGCCCGGUUCAUUUAGAAUUGCCCUGCAGCUGCAAUUGCAACUCAUGCAGCCCAUGUAAAUGUUGCUCGUGCCCACGUUGCUCAGUACGCAAGUGUCGGUGUUUCUCGUGUCCCAAAUCUGAUUGCUGCAGAGGCAUCUCUUGCUGUAGUAGGUGCUGUACCUUUUCCUUUCCUUCUUGCCCUAGUUGCUCUUGCUGUUCCUGGCCUAGUUGCUCUUGCUCUUGCUGUUCCUGCUGUUCCUGGCCUAGUUGCUCUUGCUCUUGCUGUUCCUGGCCCAGAUCCUCUUGCUGUUCCUGGCCUAGUUCCUCCUGCCUUAAGUGCCCAAAGGUAAGCGGUUGUUUCAGUUGUAACUGUAAAGAUAUAUGUUGUGACCCUUGCUAUUUAUGUUACUAGCACAGAGUUUUAUAUGAAUAUUCUCGGUCUUGUUCCUCCUCAAGCCAUAUUUGAGUCGUUCCUAAGAGAAUGUGGAAAGGUCUGAUGAAGAUAUCAAAAUAGUUGAAUUGG